UUGAAGUGUUCAGACGUGAAAGCGCAUAUCUUUAAUUUACUACAAACGCGGGCUCGACUAAGCCAAACUGUUCAAACUUUACCGACGACGCAGUUUGUUUUGCUAUUUAUUGCUUAAAAAAUAAAUACAAAUACGUAACCCGCGCAAGAACGACUGCACCGCUAAGUGAUCAAAGUGUCUUCCAACGUGACCAUGGAAUUACUGCACCAAAUGUGCUAAGUCUGUGAAUAUUUAGGCGAAUCAAUUAGUAUUAAUAUUUAAGCACAAAGCAAACAAAUAAACAAAACCGGUGAUCGAUGUUGCUGAAGAGGAUGCCUCGGAAUUUGUGGCCCAUUCUCCUGCUCCUAGGAAUCUCAUGGAUCGAAGCACUUCCCCGACCUCAGUAUGAUCCGGAGGAUGACCCACCCAUCAGCUGCGGCGGCGAGAACGGAGCGCCGCUUAUUACGCCCUGCAAGGACAACAUCAAGCUGGAGUACCGGACCAACUACACGCUGCUCUGCGAGGCCGGGGAGCCGGUGAUCUGGUGGAUCAACUCAGAAGUCCAUCCAAGUUUGACCACAUUCACCAAUGAUCUCGAUCCGACGCGACCCUAUGGCGUGCGACUGGAUCUCCUGGAGGUGACGGCGGACCAGGUGGGCGCCUAUUUCUGCAUUAAGGAGUCCAGCCUGGACCAGAUCAACUUGUCCCAGGAGUCGGACGAGGAGGUGCGCGAGAUGGUGAACCAGGACCAGGCCAGCUCCAUCUACGUGUACGUGAACGAUCCGUUCAACAAGCUGGUGCCGACGGAGGUGAUCGUGAUUGCCCAUCAGUAUAGCGACGUGGUCAUACCUUGCAAGCCGGCCAUGCCCGAGACCGAGGUGCUGCUGCACUUCAAUGGAGAUAGAUAUUCCAGCAGAGAAGUUGGUCGAUACGAUCCGAAGCGGGGAUUCACCAUCGAAAUCCGAAGCAUCACGGAUGGCGGCGAGUACUCCUGUUUACCCAAAACGCCUUAUCCGGAGCACGACGACGAGAACUGGACCGUUGUUGUGUCCUUUAUUGGUAACGGUUACCAACGGCCCACCACCGCCUCCUGGGGGGCCUUGACUAACAUAGGGUUAGAGUAUGACGAUGGGGUCGAUGAUGUCCUCGCUAGCAUUACUAACCAAACUCAGGGUGAAGUGGCUCUAGUCUCUGGUGAUGGCACUGCCCAGGAUCGGAUCAAGCGAAGUCCAGCCCGGCUGGCUCCGAUGCCAUCGUCACCCUCACCCAGGCCAGGGCAGGCGGACAAGCCCCUUCCCAAGCCCGAGAUCAAGUCGAGGGCCAGGAACCAUGUCUUCCUCCACGGCAACUUCACAUUAGUCUGCGAGCAGUCCUCCACCAUUGAGCUGCUCAGCUACAGCAUGGAGUGGAUAACGCCACCCCGGGAUAAGAGUCGCGUCACUAUUACCACAGCCCAGUUUGAUGACAAGUUUAAGAACAGCACCCACCACCUGGGCAGGAGCACCUUGACCGUGACGAAUGCCCAGCCAACGGACACUGGACUCUACAAGUGCGUCGUCACCGAGGCCAAUAACAACAAGCCCCAGAUCGUUUCCUACAAGAUCAAAGUACUGGCGCCCAAUGAGACCUACCUGAAUGUGAACGAGCCCUCGAAUCACUACGAUGUUCGGGAGUUCGCCAACAAGACCAUCCAGAUGACGGCCACCUUUGAGGGCUUCCCCGAGCCCAGCUUCAGCUGGCUAAAGCCGGACGGCACCGAAGUGUGGCAGACGGAGCACAACUUCAAGAUCAUAUCCACCGAGCGCAGCACCACGCUGCAGGUGCUCAAUGCCCAACUGGAGGACAGUGGCACCUACAUCCUGCGGGGCACCAAUACCAUCCAGACCGUGGAACGGCCCUACAAUGUCAGUGUGAUCGAUGGCCCGGCGCUCAGCAUGCCGGAUGUCUAUGUCCAAGUGGGCAGUGUGGCGCGGCUGGAGUGCACAGUACGGGCCUAUCCGCCGGCCAUCGUUACCUUCUUCUUCCGACCCUGCAGUCUGGACCCGCGAUGGCCCACGUGCUCGGUGCUUAACCAGAACUUUAGCUCACCCAACAUCCAGGAGCAAUAUCAGUUCCAAACCAAUCCGAGGCCAGGAAAACUGAGCAUUGAGCGUGUCAUUGAGGUGUCCUUCAGGCCCACCGAGCCGGGCAUCUUGACCUGCAUUGCCCAGAAUCUGGUAGACGGCAAGGAGCGGCGAUCGCUGACCAAGGCACAUGUCCUUCUGGGCGACAUUGCCGAGAAUAUGACCAUAUACGGACUGGAUGAGCAGCGAAAGAUCGCCAAGGGUGAUGAGGAGAACUUCACCUGCGAGGCACUGGCUUACCACUUCGAUGACAACCUCAGGUGGCUUCAUAAUGGCGUCGAACUGGAGGCGGAUGAACGUGUCACGAUUGAAAACAGCAAAACGGAGUAUUCCUACAAGAGCACUGUGCGUUUCAGUUCCAUAAUGGAUGAGGAUCGGGGCACGUACGAGUGUCGUGCUUACCACAUCAUGAAUUCCGCGGACUACGCCAGCCGGGAGAUCAACGUCUUCGUCCACGAUCCCCGGGCGCCGCAAUGGAAGUACACCAACCUGAAUACCCAUUCGAAAAUGGAACGAAACCUAAGCCAAUCCUUGGAGCUGGUGUGCCGCUCCGAGGCGGUUCCAUUGGCCACCGUUCGGUGGUUCAAGGAUGGCCGAGAGCUGGUUGAGACGAAUCUCUUGCACUUCCCUGAGGGUGACACCAAGCUGCUGAUCACUCACCUGUAUCCUGGGGACGAGGGUGUAUACCGGUGUCUUGUAGAGAAUCGAUUGGGCAGCAUCGAAAACUCCAUCACAGUGGUUCUAUCCAAUCUGCCUGGCAUUAGCAAGGGCUGGAUUUGGUUUGGUGUUAUGCUGUUCCUUCUCCUGAUAAGCCUGUGCGCCUUCCUGGCCGUUCGCUACCACAAGGAGCACAAGAGACAUCUGGCAUUGAAGGCCGCUGGGCUGGCCAACUUCGAGGAGGGAGCAGUGGGACACAUUAAUCCCGAUCUCACCCUGGACGAGCAGGCGGAACUACUGCCCUACAACCGGGAGUUCGAGUUCCCGCGAGAUAACCUGAAGCUGGGCAAGCAGCUGGGAGCCGGAGCAUUUGGCGUAGUGCUCAAGGGUGAGGCCAAGGGUAUACGAAAGGAGGAGCCGACCACAACGGUAGCCGUUAAGAUGGUCAAACGGACGGCGGACAACGAAGUGAUGCGAGCCUUGGUGUCUGAGUUGAAGAUUAUGGUCCAUUUGGGUCAGCAUCUGAACGUGGUGAAUCUGCUGGGAGCUGUUACCAAAAAUAUAGCAAAGCGUGAACUCAUGGUUAUUGUGGAGUACUGUCGCUUUGGUAAUAUUCAGAACUUCCUGCUGAGGAACAGAAAGUGCUUUAUCAAUCAGAUCAGUCCAGAGACCGACCAUAUUGAUCCCAAUAUCAUGACGCAACGCUUUUCCGAAAACUUUGACCUGCACCGCGAUGCUAACGGUGGUGGCUUGAAGUAUGCUAAUGUCGGGUUCCCGCUCCACUCGUACAUGAACCAACUGAACUCCUCGUACAACAAUAACACCCAACCGCCGCCUCAUCAUCGCAGAAAUUCCGACAACGACCCCCGAUCGGGCACCCGUGCUGGACGACCAGGAUCCGGGUCCGCCACCUAUAGUUACGACCGACAAAUGGACACCUGUAAUACCGUGAUGACCACCGUGCCGGAGGACGACCAAAUCAUGUCCAACAACUCGGUUCAACCAGCCUGGCGCUCCAACUACAAGACAGACUCCACGGAAGCUAUGUCUGUGACCACUGUUGAUCUUGUUAGCUGGGCCUUCCAAGUGGCCCGGGGUAUGGAUUAUCUGUCCUCCAAGAAGGUAUUGCACGGCGAUCUGGCGGCCAGAAAUAUACUCCUGUGCGAGGACAACGUCGUGAAGAUUUGUGAUUUUGGUCUGGCGCGUUCCAUGUAUCGGGGCGAUAACUACAAGAAGUCGGAGAGUGGCAAACUGCCGAUUAAGUGGCUGGCGCUGGAGUCCCUCAGCGAUCAUGUGUUCAGCACGUACAGCGAUGUUUGGUCCUUUGGUAUUGUCCUGUGGGAGAUGUUUUCGCUGGCGAAGGUGCCAUAUCCUGGCAUAGAUCCCAAUCAGGAGCUGUUCAACAAGCUGAACGAUGGCUAUCGCAUGGAGAAGCCACCAUAUGCCAAUCAGGAGCUCUACGACAUUAUGCUGGAGUGCUGGCGGAAGAAUCCCGAGAGCCGACCCUUGUUCAACGAGCUGGAGAAGCGAUUUGCCACCAUGCUGGGCGAGGAUGUGGCCAAUCACUACUUGGACCUGAAUAACCCCUAUCUGCAGAGCAACAUGGAGUACAUGAAGAACCAGCAAACGGACUACCUGGCCCUGAUGGGCUCUCCCGAUGAGCUGGCCCCCUCGGCUCCGCGCUACGUUAAUGGGCACAUAGUACCCGAUAUACGCAUCGAGGAGCUGCCGGAUGACUACAUGGCCAUGAGUCCGGACUCCGAUGCACCACCGCCACCGGCCACCGCCAUAUUCUCACCCACGCGCCUCGAGGGGGAGGCCAGCGAGUUUGCGGACUUCUCUAGCGACACAACCACUUUCAAUUUCCCACCAGGAGCCCGCCAGUCGCCGACGCUGAGCAACAAUAUGAACAUAAGCGGGGCCAGCAAACCCCUCCGCAACAAGAAAAACGGUCUGCCCACGUUGGAUGCGGCGGACCAGGCGCCCGAGGAGAUACCCAUGCUGCAUCGCCGCUCGACGGGGUCGGAUGAGGACGAGGAGGGCGAACGCCGCAGUCCCGAGCAAGCGAGGCGAUUCAAUCAGGCCCUGAAGCAGCACUAUGCCACGCCCACACCCUCGCCCCGCCAUCAUGUGGAGACGAAACUCAAUGGCGAAUCGUCGGCGGAGAACUAUGUGAAUGUGAAACCGCCGCGGAAAAAUCUCCCAAAUAAAGCGUCAGCAGCAACGGGAGGAGCCCCAACGGAAGCCUUCUCGAAUCCCAGCUAUCAGCCACUGUCUGCCGUCAACGAGAAGGAGCAGCGAAGGUAUUAAGGAUGUUCCGGAGCCAUUAGUUUAGAUCGAGAAAUCUUAACUGGAUUAGUUGGAAUUUUUAAGGGGAAUUGAGGAGAGUAAAUUGGGAAAUUAAAAUUAUAAAUUAUUCAUGUAUACCUAUUUAAAAAUUUUAUUAAUUCCCCUUUUACAAUUCCUACAGAUUUGUGUGAGGUUUCUUUAGAGAAACAAUACUACUUAGUGGCAUUGUCCAGAUUCUGAUAUAGCUUUAAGGCCCACCACACUCACACUCUCCAUGUUAUAUACUUAUUAUUGCCAUUUCACAUUUAGGUUUAGUGUAGCUCUAAGUGUAUUUUGAUCUAUGUAAAUGAAUGUCUUGAACUGUGUAUAUACUCAAAUACAAUGGGUAUCGUAAAUCAA